GUUAUCAUUCGCGCUGGGUAUGACUGCACGGCCGAUGUAUGGAGUUUCGCUUGCAUGGUGUUCGAGUUGGUGACGGGAGAUUACCUGUUUGACCCGAAGAGCACUGGUGACUUCGACAGGGAUGAAGAUCAUCUUGCACUGAUCAUCGAACUUGUUGGACCAAUGUCGUUGAACUUUGUCUCCCGCGGCCGUCAUUCGCAUCGCUUUUUCCGGGAACGUUCGACAGAUUUGCGACGAAUUGACGAUCUGCGGUUUUGGCCGCUUGUGGCUGUCCUGAGAGAAAAGUACCACAUGGGAGAGGCGGAAGCUGUGGCGCUGUCUGACUUCUUGGUACCGAUGCUGGCGCCCGAUCCGCUGAAGCGUCAGGGAGCAAAGCAAAUGCUUGAUCAUCCCUGGUUGCGGAUGCGUUCACCGGAGGACGAGGUGGCGUAUUGUGAGAUGCGCAACAACAUGCACGUCUCUAGGCCGAACUUGGACGCUCCCCUCCUUUCUUUGUCUCCUGGGCACUCGCCAGCCGACCUCGCAGUGGACCCCAACGCCUUGUGUGGCCGUCGCCCAGAGGAGGUUCACGGGUCCGCCCCACCCGGAACAGCUGGUGCGGCGUGUAUGUAUAGCUCGGCGCCGGGAUAUGGCCCAUCGCCUCCUGUAAUUGGAGUGUCAUCGCCCUACGCGUUACAUCAGCACCAACAGCAGCUUCAACAACGACAGCAGCUGCAGCAGCUGCAGCAAGAACAGCAGCAUCUGUAUGGCUCCGGGCCUGUAGUUCUACCCGCCGGUGGAGGCCCCGUCGACGCGGGAAAUGAGCUCUACACGUUGCAGAGACAACAGCUGCUACAACAGCAGCUGCAACAGCAACAGCAGCUGCAGCAUCUACAGCAGCAGCAGCAGCUGCAGCACAUGCAGCAGCAACUGCUCAUGGAAGGACUAGGUCGUCAUGCUGAGGGAGAGAGAAGCAAGACGACCCAGACUGCUGGUGGCAUUCUUGGUGUUGUUGGUGGGAGCAAUACGGGCUGCAGCAGCACGGCAGUUACGGCGGCAAGCAGCAGCAGCGGCAGAGCAGGUGCAGCGACAGGCCCUGCAGCAGCAGCUGCUGCUGCUGCCUCUGCUGCAAGAAUGUUGAUGGGCUACCCAGGGACAAGUGAUCCGCAGUACUUCCGAGCAAGCAGAGACUGUUGGGACGGCCGAAGCGUCCCAGGCUUUCCGCCUAUUGGCAGCAACAACAACAGCAGUGGAGCUGGUGGCUUACGUCCAGAGGCAGGUGGCGUAAGUGGAUGGUUCGCUGCACCAGCUGCAGGAGACGCUCCCCAGCAGCAACAGCCUCAACAGCAACAGCAACAGCAGCAGCAGAUUCCGUCUGCAAGGGGGGAGGUAUGCGGCUCGUCGUCUGCUGAUAAGCGGCCCGACGGCCUCCAUCAAGGGGGCAGCGCACGAGUUUCUGCCACUCCGGUGGAGGCAGAAGUCCAGGCUGUCGCUGCUCCUGCAGGAGAUUGGGGGAGUGUAGGCGAGCCCGUCUCAUGGAUUCCGGGAGCGGCGGUGAUGCAGCAGCAGCAGCUCGAGCAGCAGCAGCAGAUGCGGCAACACGUACAGGAGAUGCAGGAAAGGAAACAGGAGUUUCUGCGCCAGCAACAGGAACUAAACAGGAUGCUCAAGGGGGUGCAGCAGCUGCAGCAUGGUCUAUCAGGGAGCUCCUGA